GAUGCUUCGCCAGUGUGCAAUUCUUAUAGCGUUCGCUUUAUUGACGCUGUGUCAAUUUGAGAGCGCAACUGGAAGUACUAAACAGUAUCUACCGACGAGUUGUGCUGAGGCAGUUCAUUUUUCUGGCCGUAAACCCUCCAGCGGAAUAUAUCAGUUACGUGCACAGUUGCCUGGUCAGGGUGACAUAUUAUUCUACGUUUAUUGUUUACUCGAUCCGAAUGGUGGCGAAGCCUGGACGGUUAUACAGAGGCGGCAGGAUGGGAGCAUACACUUUAAUCGUAACUGGAGAGAGUACAAAAAUGGAUUUGGCAGCUUGAAUAGAAAUUUCUUCAUUGGUCUUGAUAAAUUACACGCUCUCACGGCAACGAAACUGAACGAAUUAUGGAUACAAUUAAAGGAUUUCGACAAUGUGGAGAAAAAUGCCACAUAUGAGAGUUUUGCUAUAGGCAGUGAGGAAGACAAGUUCGCAUUAAUAGUACUGGGUGCUUAUUCAGGCUCAGCUGGUGAUUCCUUGACUGGUGUGCACGACGGUUGUAAGUUUAGUACGUUCGAUCAGGACAAUAGCGAGAGAGGUGUAAACUGUGCAGAAAUAUAUAAGGGUGGCUGGUGGUUUUCUAUGGAUAUAUGCUUCAACGGUCAAUUAAACGGUUACUAUAAGGAUUCGCCGGCCGCAAUUGAUGGUAAAGGUCUGAUUUGGUCAUCUUGGCAUGGACGUGACUCCUCUUUAAAGUAUGUACAUAUGGCUAUAAGGCCUAAAUAUAACUCGUUUGUGUAAACAGGGUGUUAAUGCGUUGUAUUUACGAAUAAAUACUGAAGAAUAAAAAAAUAGCCGUGCCAUCAACACCACAUGUGACGACUUGUUAAUGUUGUAAA